UUGACGUUCUCUUCUUCACACGUUCACCGUCUGAGUCGCGUCGACUGAGUCGACGCGGUGGAGACGGAGCGUGUCGUCGUCCAUGCUCCGAACACUCGUGGCACUGCUGGCGAGCGGCGCUUGGAGUUACAAGCUGUCGCUCGUUCCCAAUGAAGUCUCCAGGCAGGCGUUAUCAUCAGCCGGAGUUCUGCAGGAGGUGUCCUUUCUCGAAGGAGAUGAAGCAACACCGUCGUCGACGCUGAGACCCACUAUGGCCCCUGGCGUCGUUUCGAACUUACAGAGCAUUCUAGAGAGGCUCUCUCAGGCCGUGGAGGCUAUCAGCGGACCGGCCGUGAAGGACCCGGCUCCGUGGUCCAUUCCCCGACGGUUGCUCUUCAACCACAAGGUCAACCUCUUGAAAGCAGCUGACUCCAGCCUGGACAAGGAGAGCAAACUCCUGCGCGAGAAUGUGCGUCACACAGUGAAGUUGUUCCCGGAUGUGGCACCGUCCGACGUGCAUUUCUGGGACGACCACGAGUGCCAAAGCGGGAUUGAACAAUUGCCACUGGAGGAGAGUGAAGCUUUGGGGCUGGACUUCGCCCGGGAGAAGGUGGGAAUGAUCAAAUCGGACUUGUGCCGUCUGGUGAUGAUGUACAAGCUGGGUGGCUACUACUUCGAUACGGACAUCCUUCCACUCCCGAACCUCGAGCAGCACCUGGAGCGCCAGGCCACCUUUGCCACGGUCAUAGCAGACGAUGGCAAGAGCUAUUUCCAAGCGUUCUUGGCUGCGACGCCCAAGCAUCCAGUGAUCCUAGAGUCUCUGAAGGAGUUCAAGCGUUGGUAUGACCAGCUGAAUAGGCCUGGCAUCAAUCAGGAUCGUUUGCGCUCGCGGACGGCGAAGGGAAACAUUGGCACUGCGCUGAUGAGACAGGCCUUCCGGAAGUGGUCCGAUGGGGCCAAGGAGGACUCGGUGGUGAAGCACCCCGCAGGACAUCUCUCCCAGUUCUUCGUGGAGCACAAUGACAGGGUCUUAACUCAGAAGCGCUAUGAAGGAGUCCCGUCACAUCUGUCGGGCAAUCUUUGUAACUACGCUGUGGUCGACCGACGCUCCAAGACGGUGGUCAUGUUCUCCCGGAUCUAUGACAAGCACUCAAAGACGCUGUGUAAGGAAGAGGUGGACUUCAUCCACACCAUGUGAUUCCAUAGGACGCAGUCACUGCUGCUGGCAAAAAGGGGCUUGCGGAGGUUCAUGACCUUUGCGCACUCUUGGAUGAUUGCAAGACCGUCCUGAUGCCAAGAACUCUGGUGUAUCCUUGUGCAUCAAUUGUAGUCCAGUACAGAACAGCAGCUUCUUGGAGUUUCACAGAUCAAGAUACAUCAUGGUACAAGUUGUUGUUUUUUUCAGGAAUCUGAAUCAUGAAUCCAAAGCAAUCACUAAGGGAUCGAAAGGAAUCCAAUCUGUGCUCAAUAAAUUCCAGAGGUGCACCAAUCUACCAAAGAGGUCACGAUGAGCACAACGAAGCGUCGUGGACGCCAGGUUGGGCCACCGUCGUAGGGAAUGCUGGCACCGUCUUUCUGGAGG